AUGAUGAUGAUGGCGGGAGCCAUGGCGGCUGCAAGCAGACCACCUGCAGCUAGAACCAGCCGUUCUCCACAGAGAUCAGAGCCAGAAGUUCCAAGCAAGAGAGAGGACAAGCCCUGGGACAUGGAUGCAGAUGUCAGAAAGCUGGGAGACCACUUCAACAUCGAAGAUCGAUGGCUCGUGCGGCUCGAUGAGCUCAUGAGAAGGCGCAGAGACACCAAAGAGCAGGACCUGGCAAAGCUUUAUGAAGUCUUAGAGCAGGCCCGGAGCCCCACAGGGCUUCUGGUCGCCAAGCUUGGAGAAAUGGAGUGCGGCCAAUUCGUCGGCAAGGUGAAACCUGACCGGAACAUCGAGCGCUUGGCCACGAGGUACAACUUGGACACCCGGGUGGUCUCCAGGCUGACUGAACUGAG